AUGCACAACCUCCCCUCUGGCUCGCCGUCGACGUCCUACCACCUGUACAAAACGCCACCAGCACCGUUCCAUGCCCACCACACGCCCCUCGCCUUCUCCCUUGGAUUCCCCCCGCAUGACCACAGCCUCUUCCUCCCCCAGCGCCUCCCCACCUACGCCCACGGGCCCGCUGUCGCUCGAAGUGGCUACCCGUAUCCCUCCACCGCAUCAGCGUCCCUAGCUCCACACGCGCCCUACCCCGCCCAUGCUGCCUAUCAACAAUAUAAAGCCCCGUCGGCCUCCGCCCCGGCCCUCCCACAACCAGACGACCUCGAGCCCCCAAUGGCGAUCUCCCUGCCGAGCUACUUCUCCCGCCAGCCCGCCGCUUCCUCCUCCAACGACUCCGGCUCCCGCCACGACGACACCGGCAGCGGCUCAGACGGCGGACGCGAGCCCACGCCCCCCGAGGAGCAGCAGCGCGCAAAGGACGCCAAAAAGAAGAUCCACCACUGUUGGAUGUGCCACAAGUCCUUCGAUCGACCCAGCACGCUCAAGAAGCAUCUCCUCGUUCACACGGGCGAGAAAGCCUUCGCGUGCGAGAGCUGCGGGAGACGCUUCGGCGUCGCGUCCAAUCUUAACCGCCAUGCGAAGACCUGCCGCGCUGCCCACCCCGGCGCUAGCGCGCCCGCGCCCGCAGCGGGCAGCAGCUCCCCGUCGCAGGCCGCAGCCGCGAGCCCUAGUACAUCUAGCGACGCGGAGGCCUCCGCUCCUGUCGCCUCCACCUCAGACUCGACUGCCCAAGCGCCCCACGCAACUAUCACAGAGACCCCCGUAGUCCCUGCUCAGGCCACACCCGUCCCCCGUCGCACCGCUCGCAAACGCAAGACGGCGUCCGCAGAGGAGAACAUGCCCGAGACGGAGGCGUCGGCGUCCGAGCCGCGCCAGAGCCGUUCGCGGAAGCGUGCGCGGCGCGCGCCCUCGCCGAGCCUGUGGGUGCCCGAGAGCCUGAAGGCAUUCGACCUGACCCCGCUCGCGAAGGGCACGCCCGUGCCGCUCCCGCCCGUGCGCCCGCUGCGGGAGAACAACGGGACGUACAUCGAGGAGCGCGACUCGUUCGACGAGAACACCGGCGCAAACCCGUACCACCCGCGCGGCUGGCAGGGCCGCCUGCCCGGGCCCGGCCUCAUGGGCACCAACGUCGCAAACAGGAGCGGCGGGCAGCUGCUCAUUUUCUAA